CAUAGUGUGUAGCAGAAGGGCGUAUUUUAAAUGUUCUGACAUAGCUGAAGACAAGCUUGUAUUAAAAACAUGCUUACGAUUACUUAUGAAGCAGCUCAGUGUCAAUUACCGCGGUAGUAGUUUGUGCUACAGCCAACGUCAAGUUUGGCUUAUCUAACGCGACCCCAAAACACAGGCAGUGUACAAGCUUUUACAUCAUCCUCGUUAUUUUAAACGGUGUACAAAAUGUUAAGGAGUAUAGUAAGGAUAUCCAGGGUCUGUCAGAGCCUCGGUUCACUCCCAUAUGUUCAGACUCAGCUCGGCCAUCCGGCUGUACGGACCAUGUCGACGCUGCCCUGGCCCUUUAACUCUGCACCCCGGGACUUCAGCCUGCCUAACUCCUCAUGGAGCUCAGAAAUGACACGGUUGUACGAGCACUACAACAGCCAGUGUGAGGUGGAGACAGAGGAUGGAGAGAAACAGAGAGGUCCAUGGAGGAGAUUGCCAAGCUACAAUCGCUCCCUUAAGUAUGCUAAAGGUGGAGUGUAUCUGAGUAAGUUUGUCCAGUCAAAGGCCCGUCUUUUUACUCGGAACAUCAAAACUGCAGGGGCAGCAUUUGAGUAUGUUAUGUUCAUUAACAAAGAGGAGCAGAGGUCUGUGUGCAUUUUCCAGGCUGGACACCUGCUGGAGGGACCACCAGGACAUGUCCACGGGGGGGCAAUAGCCACUAUGAUUGACUCAGUGACAGGGACUCAUGCUACUUACCUCUCUGGACCUGUAAUGACUGCCAAUCUCAACAUCAAUUACCGCAGCCCCAUCCCACUGGGAAGUACAGUGUUGCUUGAAUCCUGCAUGGAUAAGAAGGAAGGCAGAAAAACAUUUAUCUCAUGUAAAGUGACCAGCGCCGAUAGCUCCAAACUGCACACAGAAGCAACAGGUAACAUACAUUCAUACACACAACAUGUUUAUUGGACAUAUCGGUGUCAAAGGAUGUAGUUAGUCAUGUCUCCGCCCUUUGGGCUUCUGUAUUUUCACUGUUCUGUUUUCUUUCAUGCCUUUCCUGUAGCACUGUUCCUGUCAGUCAGUGUCAGCCACCUACUGGGAAUGUGACACAAACACUUCAGCCCGCCAUCUAACCAAACACUGGAUGUCAGCAAAGACAGGCCACAACCAGUGUGUGUGUGUGUGUGUGUGUGUGUGUGUGUGUGUGUGUGUGUGUGUGUGUGUGAGAGUGUGUGAGAGUGAGAGAGUGAGAGAGUGAGAGAGAGUGAGAGAGAGAGAGAGAGAGAGAGAGAGAGAGAGAGAGAGAGAGAGAGAGAGAGAGAGAGAGAGAGAGAGAGAGAGAGAGAGAGAGAGAGAGAGAGAGAGAGAGAGAGAGAGAGAGAGAGAGAGAGAGAGAGAGAGAGAUUUGAUGAUAAGAAUGUGUGAGUGUUUCUUCAGUUUUGAGUAUUUUUUGGGAGUGUGGGUACAGCAGAUUUGUAUUAAACCUUAAUAUUAUUAAACCUUAAUAUUUAUGCAUUUUGUGGGCAAAAUGUUACUUCUAACAAAGUGUACGGACUCACAAAAUACAUUUUAAUAAACUACCUCUGCUUAAUAAUGCAUCGGCAGUACAUAUCACAACAGUUAUUAUUAAACUAUGGACUAUUUAUUGUAACUUUGCCGGUAUUUAUGGUUUUAUGUAAUGAGAUUAUUGCUCUGAAUGUACUGUACAUGAAUAUUUGGUUUCCUACAAUAAAGCCUUAC